GUCAUUUCUGACUUCGACAUGACGCUGAGCAGGUUCGGGUGCAACGGCAGGCGCUGCCCCACUUCGCACAAUAUCCUGGAUAACAGCCGUGUCAUCAGCGAGGAGGGCAAGCAGCAGCUGAAAGAUCUGCUGCACUACUACUACCCCAUUGAAAUCGAUCCCAACCGGACCCUGGAGGAGAAGCGGCCGCUCAUGGUGGAGUGGUGGACCAGGGCCCAUGAGCUGCUGUCGCAGCAGAAGAUCCACAAGGGUGACAUAGCCGAGAUCGUCAGAGAGUCGGACGUGAUGCUGAGGGAUGGAUUCCAUGAGUUAUUUGAUCAGCUGCAUAAGCACAACGUCCCCCUCUUCAUCUUCUCCGCUGGCGUGGGUGACAUCCUUGAGGAGAUUAUCCGUCAGGCCAAGGUCUUCCACUCCAACGUCAACGUGGUCUCCAACUACAUGGACUUUGACGAGAACGGGCUCCUCGCGCGUUUCAAGGCUCCUCUCAUCCACACCUACAACAAGAACAACAGCGUCCUGCAGGGCACCGAGUACUUCCAGCAGCUGAGCGCCCGCACGAGCAUCAUCCUGCUGGGAGACUCCAUGGGGGACCUG